CUCGAAACAACCAUACCAGCGACGACCACGACUACGAAGAUCACGACGACCACGACGACCACGACGACGCAGAGUCUGACACCCACGAUGACCCUCCAGCUCUGAUCUUCCCCAAUCUGCCCACCACAAUCCAUCCCUACGCGUCACCCGCGUCGUCUGCACACAGCUCCGUCAUCGACGUCAAUCUGUCUUCGACCCCCGCGGCCGCGCCAGAUAACGACGACGGCGACGACGAAGGAUUUGAGCACAUUGACGGCGAGCAGGUGCCAGAGUCGCACUACGAGGGUCACGACUCAGAGAACCGUGUGGUAGGAGGGCGUAGCUCGAGAUCGCGGCGACUGGGGAGAGAUCCACGGCAAGCACAGACGAGCUUUACUCCUCGAUUUGCUGCACGCCUACGCACUGGCAGGAUGGACGGCGCUGGACGUGGCAGCAAUGACUACGAUAGCCCAGAGUGGCAGCAGGCUGGCGAGCAUGCGGAUUCGGUAGACUUGGCUGGCCCAGGAGCUCGAGGUCGACUCGAGUGCACUGUGAGCAGCCCACAGAAGGAGGGCGAGGGCACACAGACGGUGUAUGUCUCCUAUCUCGUGACUACCGACACGGACUUCAAGUCAUAUCAGAACUCGCACACGAGCGUGCGGCGACGAUUCACCGACUUUGUCUUCCUAUACCGGACGCUGGCGAAGGAGUAUCCACAAUGCGCCGUGCCGCCUCUUCCCGACAAGCAUAACAUGUCAUAUGUGCGAGGGGAUCGCUUUGGCCCCGACUUCACAUCAAGGAGAGCUUACUCCCUCAAUCGGUUCUUGAAGCGUCUCACACUGCAUCCGGUGUUGCGGCGAGCGACACUUCUCACCCUGUUUCUGGAGUCGAGCGAUUGGAAUGCGACCAUGAAGAGCAGACCGAACCGUGGCAUGAGUGGAAGUGAUGGAGGUGGUGGAGGCGUACUCGAAAGCUGGACCGAUGGCUUCCUCAACGCUUUCACCAAACCGCACAAAACGGACAAGAAGUUCUCCGAUGUCAGCGAUCGAGCGUCCAAGCUGGACGAUGAUCUCGGAACUGUCAGCAAGACGGUUGCGAGAGUGGCCAAGAGAGAAGGUGAUCUGGAAAAUGACUACCGCGAUCUUGCAGAGCAGUUCCAAAAGCUUGCCGCGCUGGAGCCUGGCGUGAAUGACGAGCUGACCAAGUUCGCUGCCUCUGUCAACAGCACAAGCGAGGGCUGGCAAGGACUGAAGGACACCACGGAUCAAGACUAUCUAGGCUCUCUCAAAGAUAUGGAAGCCUACGGGUUGUCUCUCAAGGCUCUGCUCAAGACACGAGAGCAGAAGCAGCUUGACUUUGAAGCUCUGACAGACUACCUCACCAAGGCUGCGCAAGAGCGAGACACCCUUGCGAGCAAUGGCUCAACAGGAGCGGGUGGUUUCCUCCGCCAAAAGAUUGAGGAUGUGCGAGGCAUUGAUCACGAACAGUCGAGACGGGCAAGAUUACGGAAACUGGAGAUUGAGAUUUCCAGGUUGACGACUGAGGUCGAAGCAGCCAGAAAGACAUCAGAAGCCUUUGAUAUUGAGGUGGUCAAGGAGGUGGGCGAUUUUGAGAGGAUCAAAGCGGUGGAGUUCCGAGAGCAACUUGGUGGACUGGCCGAUGCCCAUAUUCACUUCUUCAGUGGCAACAUUGCCAUCUGGGAGAAGUUUGUCGAGGAUAUGGAGAAGCAGCAGCAGGCCGAUGCCGAGGCCGCGAGAGUUGAGACAUGAGCGAGUCGUGCUAUUGUCCUUGGAGCUCUCUACUACCCGCUCUUUGAGAGGAGCGUGUGACUGUGACACGUGCAUCGGAGAAGUUUCUCGAGCAUAGGGAGAAACAGCAGCAGUCUGAGUCCGGGACUGUGGGAGCCGAGACAUGAGCUUCCUGUGCACACGUGUCUUGCACGCUCACCCUGCUGCUAACUCUCUCUCUGUACCUUUUCUCGAUGAAGAGCAUUGCAAUUAUUUGUCCAUGCUGUUCUGUAUGGCGAAAGGGGAAGGGGGGGCCCAAAUAAUGUUUUAUACUCACGCUUUGCCUGCAUGACCAAAUCGAUCAACGAAAUGAGAAAGAAGAAUUACCUUAGUUUACAUUUAC